AUGGAGUUCAUCCCGGCUCAAGACCUCAUUGUAGCGCGAUAUGCAACUAAAGUCACACGAAUCGAGGACUUCGCCGAUCAAGAUGUUAGAGGCUGGCUGACAAUCAACCGUUCAGCACGAGAUGGCAACAUGAAGCGAACCCCAUGGGCCCUUCGUAUUCUUCCGGACUAUGUCGAAGAGAUCAACAGCAACUUCCCACAAGCUCUGAUUGCCAUGGAUAACAGUCGAAAUGUCGGCUGCCUCAACGGUAUCGCUCUGCUCAACUCAAGGAUCAAAAUCACAACUCUUGGCGGUCUCGACCGUCCCCGCGAACUGUACCGAGCUAUCCACAGCGGCCAGCCUGGCGAUGGGAUAAAAUCGAGGCUGGGCCGUGAGAGCGACGCGGUUUUCUUCCAUCAUCAUCUUCGACGACACUUGAGGUGGCAGAGUCGCGAGGCAAGUCCCUUUCUUUCAGCGACUAAUGACCUUAGGAAGGCUGUCCGAAUUGCUGCAAUUUACGUUGCGAAGGGCUUUGACGAUGUCCGAAUCAUCAGGUUCAACACCCAAGGACCUGGUUGGGAUCACAAUUUGAAUCGAAUGUGGAACCCCCGCAAGCUGGCCAGAAUGUUGAGCCCGCGUGACGACAAGAAAUACUUGGAUAACGAGGUGCUCAUUGAGCACUCCAUCCCGAAGGAUAGCAUUCUUGAGACAUACAGAUGGCAAGAGCACAAGGCGCACCUGGACCCAAGCAGCCGGACUGAGGCACGCGCAAAAGCAGUCCAAUUGAGAAGAGACAAAAUCAAGGUGGAUCGCCAAGAAAAGGCCCAGAAGCUUGGUGAGGACAACAGCAAGAAAGCUGCGGAGGAGAAACAGACGAAGGGGAAGGCCGAAGCUCAAGACAAAAUGAAACCACAGCAUGAUGCGGAAGAAUCUGCGAAGAAGCGAAAAGCCAAGGACGAUGAGGGCGAGGAAUCUACACCCGUUGCGACGAGACUCAAGCGGUUUAAGAUUGGUCAGAAGAUGACGGCAAACUCAAGCCGUUAA